AUGGGGUGGGUGGGCGUGCGGGAGCGGCUAUGGGGCGGGUACGCGGCGGAGAUCCGCAUCCCGAGCAGCCGGAAGCGGAUCUGGAUCGGCCGGUUCCAGCACGCCAUGCAGGCGGCGCUCGCGUACGCCGCCGCCAUGUUCUUGUUCUACGGGAGGAACCUGCCGAAGCUCCGCCGCUACAACUUCCCGGCAGGGCCGCGCCCCAACUUCUCGGAGUUCGUGCGCAGAGCCCUCACCGUCGCCAACGUGAAGGCGAUCGCGGAGGAUCACGCCAGGAGGUUCUGGCGCUUCGUUCCACUUCCACCGCCCGUGAUCCCUGCACCACCAGCGGCGCCGGCACCGCCCUUGCAGUUCUCCGGCGCCCCCGACGAAGAUUUCGUGAAGCUUAUACGGGAGAUGGACAAGGAUCUCGUCUUCAGCGAGAUCUGA